CCCUCGACGUUUACGUAGGGAGUUAUUAGUUUGUCCUCAAAGGAUAUAAGAUUUUACAAAAUGGGAUUACCACGCUUAGAGACCUGUUGUUUUAUAUUUGAUUUGAAGACUGGCAACAUUAUAAUGGGAAGUUUGAGUGCGUUUGGUUCGUUCGCGAUGUUCGUAGCAAUGAUUGUGGAAGCUUGUACCCUGGAGCCGUAUAAAGAAAUGGCCGCUGAAGAAGAAGAUUACAACGCUGAGGCAACAAUCACUGGAUUGUAUGCGAUGUCAAUAAUUUUAGUACUUAUGUUUCUGUUUAAACUUUGCACCGAUAUCGUUUUCAUUUAUGGAGUUAUUAUGGAAAAAGCGUCGAUUAUCCGAGCCUAUUUUGUGAUGUGGAUUGUCUUCUUUCUGUUGUCGAUGUUCACAUUCUUCCUGAAUGCUCCACAUUACAAUGCUGGAACUAUAUGUAUAGAAGUGUUUUAUAUCAGUCUCAACGUCUACGCUAUUCUGCUAUGCAACAGCUUUUACAAAGAACUGAACUGUCGGGAAGAAGUGUAAUAACAUUUAUCUUUAUUUUCAUACUAUUAAACGGGGCCGACAUGAAUGUCCUCUAACUUUGCUGCGGAAACGUGUUAGUGAAUGCUAUUAUU